AUGUCUACAUCAUCUCCGAUAUCUCAACGUACACUUAUAUUAAUUCGUACAUCACAUCAUUGUGAGUCACGUUUAAAAUAUUUACUUUCAAGUUGGAUACCAUCAACUGAAAUAGAACAACGAGAAAAAAAUUUAUAUCUUUUAACGGAUCAAUAUGUUCAUAAUUCAAUAUCAUAUCAAAAAUUUGUAAAUAUUAUUGAAACAGGUUGUCCAAAAAAACAUCGUAAAUAUGAUCUUUGUUGUAAAACAGCUAGUGAAUUUGAAUUGUAUUAUAAUUUAACAUUAAUAAUUAAAUUAUCAUUUGAUUGGAUGUGUCGAUUUGAUGAUGAUCAUUAUAUUAAUUUAGAUAAUUUAUAUUUGUAUUUAAAUAAAUUAGAUGCAUCUAAACCGUAUUAUAUUGGACGUACAACGUAUGAUAAUCAAAAAGAAUCUUAUUUCUAUAAUGUAACAUUUCGUUUUGCAACAUAUGGUGCCGGUGUUUGUUAUUCAAAACAAUUAUUAAAUCAAUUGAAAUUCUAUGUAAAUAAAACUGCAUUUUCUAAUAAUUGUAUAAAGCUUGGUGUCAAUGAUGAUGUUUAUAUGGGAUAUUUGAUUCAAUUGAAAUUAAAUGUAUCAUUAACACCAAUAAAUGAUUUAAUACAUUCACAUUAUGAACAACUUGAUGCCUCAUUUCGCCGUUUUACAUUACAACAACUAAUAAACUCAAUAACAUUGGGUUUUUCAUGGGAUAGAUACCAGCUUAAAUGGAUGCCUGUUAUACAUAAACUAAUAUAUUUAUCAAAAACUACUCAAGAACAUACUGCAAUAAUGACUGUGUGGAAUUUUAUAAGAGAUUAUGAAAAAUUACAUUCGGAAGAUUUAGUUAAUAAAUAUGAUGACUCUUGUACAUCAUAUCAAACAAAAAUCAAGACAGAAACAAAAACAAAGCAGCAACUAUUAUCAACGAGAAUAUAA